AUGGCGUCCGGCGGGCAGAGCAAUAGCACCGGUGGCGGUGGCGGUGGCAGCAGUAACUACGAUCUGUCGUUUAAGAUCUUGUUGAUCGGUGACUCUGGAGUCGGCAAAAGCAGCCUUCUCGUCACUUUCAUCUCCAAUUCUGUCGAAGAUCUUUCUCCUACUAUUGGCGUAGAUUUCAAGAUCAAGUUGCUCAAAGUUGGUGAGAAAAAGAUAAAGCUUACGAUUUGGGAUACUGCUGGACAAGAGCGGUUCCGGACUUUGACUAGCUCAUAUUAUAGAGGUGCCCAAGGAAUUGUACUUGUGUAUGAUGUGACAAGGAGAGAAACCUUCACAAAUUUGUCUGAUGUAUGGGCUAAAGAAGUUGAACUUUACUCGACUAACCAGGACUGUGUCAAGAUGCUUGUGGGAAACAAAGUUGACAAAGAUUCAGAAAGAGUUGUUAGUAGAGAAGAAGGAAUGAACCUAUCGAAAGAUCUGGGAUGUUUAUUCGUUGAAUGCAGUGCCAGAACGCGAGAAAAUGUGGAGAAAUGCUUUGAAGAGCUGGCUUUAAAGGUAAAGAUCUUUUAUUACUUUGUAUACUACUGUUACUUUGGGUCAGAUGAAUUAUCGGAGGAAAUAGUUUUCAGAAAGAAACAGAAGGAUAAGGUAUUUAUAUUUAUGCAGAUAAUGGAGGUGCCUAGUUUGUUGGAAGAAGGAUCUACUGCUGGGAAGAGGAAUAUAUUGAAACAGAAACAAGAACAACAGACAUCUGGUGGAGGUUGUUGCUCAUAG